GCGUCACUCAGCUUGGUAGAGCUCCCCAGUUACGCUCCUGCUACAGUAGGUAUGGUGUGGAUAAACUUGGAGCCUUGGAGGCUUCCUCAGCAUACUGGAGAGGAGAUAAAGAGCGUGAAAACUUUGCAAAGGGUCUAGCCCCUACCAAAAACGCCUAAAGGAAUACCUACCUUGCAAUGCUGGAAGAAUCAAAAGAAUGUGAUCACAUGGAACUGACCAAGAGGCAGGAUCUAUUCUUCUUUCAUCCUUUAAGCCCUGGAAGUUGUUUCUUUCUUCCUCAUGGUGCUAGAGUGUGCCACAAACUGUUGGAGUUUAUGCGCAGUCAAUACUGGAAGCGAGGUUAUGAAGAGGUUUGGAGCCCAAACAUAUAUAAUAUGCAGCUUUGGGAAACUUCUUCUCCUGUUACAAACUAUAAGGAGAAUAUGUUUGUAUUUGAGAUUGAUAAACAAGAAUUUGGUCUCAAGCCAAUAAAUUGCCCUGGCCAUUGCUUAAUCUUUGACCAUAGAGUUCGCUCGUACAGAGAAUUGCCACUUAGGCUUGCAGACUUUGGAGUUCUUCAUAGAAAUGAGGCCAGUGGUGCACUUACAGGAUUAACAUGUGUCAGAAGAUUUCAGCAGGAUGAUGCUCACAUAUUCUGUAGGGAGUCACAGGUCAAGGAUGAAGUCAGAGGUGGAUUAGAAUUCAUGGAUAAUGUCUACAAGACAUUUGGGUUCACCUAUCAGCUGAAGCUAUCUACAAGACCGGAAGAAUAUCAUGGAGAAGUGGCAACUUGGGAAAAAGCAGAAGCUGCUCUUUCAGAUGCGCUCAAUGAAUUUGGGAAACCAUGGGAGAUUAAUGAGGGCGGUGGAGCAUUUUGUGGGCCAAAAAUUGAUAUAAGUGUCUCUGACGCAAUGAAAAGGAAUUUCCCAUGUGCAACACUACAGCUGGACUUUCAACUUCCUGAGUGCUUCAAGUUAUCUUAUUCAGCAGAAGAGGAGAGUAAGAGGGAGGUACCAGUUAUGAUACAUAGAGCUAUCCUUGGUUCUGUGGAGCGCAUGUUUGCUAUACUCUUGGAGCACUUUAAGGGGAAAUGGCCUUUCUGGCUAAGUCCACGCCAAGCAUUGGUUUGUCCUCUAUCAGACAAAUCUCAAUCAUAUGGAAUAAAGCUGCGUGAUCGGAUUCAUGGUGCGGGGUUUCAUGUUGAUGUUGAUACAUCGGACAAGACUGUCCAGGAAAAAGUACGAGAAGCUCAGAUUGCAGAAUACAACUUCAUAUUAGUGGUUGGUGAAAAGGAGGUUACCACCAGAGAGGUUAGCGUUCGAGAGAGAGACAAUCCCGAUCACAAGGUUAUGACAGUCGAUGAGCUCCUUUCUCACUUCAAGGACUUGGUGGCAUCAUAUCAGUAGUGGUUCUUCAUUUUCUCACCGCAUUCUUUUCCUACUUCAUACCUUGUUUCUUCAUAUGAGAUCUUACAUUCUUUGAAUAUAUUUUAUCAACUACCGUAUGUUUCUGCUCUGUUUAUUUCCAGUUUUUUCAACUGAAUCUGGUACUGUAUCGACGUAUUGGAAACGUUCCGUAUCCGAUACUCUAGGAUACUCGUACUGUACGUUCCCUUGCCGUAUUUGCAAUUUUUAAAAGUUUCCAUUUUUUGGUAAUUAUUUUAAAAUUUCGGAUACCCGUACCCUGACGGAUACACGUAUCAACUUAAAAAAAAAAAUCUUCCAUUUUUUUUAUAAACAAAACACCCAAAAUUUACAUAAUAAAACUCUUAAAAGAUGAAAAUCUAAAAGUAAUUUUUACCUUGCUUUUAUGUGGUACACUACUAAUGGUCCUAUUUCCAAUUUACUCAUCCUCCUGUCCCUAAUUCUAAUUAUCCCUAUAAAUUAAUAGCACCAAUCGGAAAUAUGUAUGAGAACUUGUAAAAUACUACGUAUUGUUUUCUAUCUUCAUUAUUCUAGAACCUUGAGUACUUGCACUUUUAAUUUCAACUAGUAUAGUACCCGUGCGAUGCACGAGACAUAUUUUCUUGGAUAAUUGUAUUUCCAAACAUGUUCGUAAUCAAAUCAAUUUUCAGAAUUCCAAAUUUGGGUAAUUUGAGUUUGCACCCCCAUUUUAUGGUCCAAAUUGAAUUUUUCACCUCAUUUUUAUUUUUUUUUGCAUUUUCACCCCAACCCUGUAUGAAAAGACAAAAUGCCCCUCCAUUAACAAUUCCGUUGGCCUUCAGCAUAUUUCUAAUAUAGGGACAUUUUUGUCUACUCAUACGGGGUUGGGGUGCAAACACAAAAAAAAAUAAAAACAGGUGCAAAAUUCAAUUUGAAAAAAUAAAAUGGAUUGUAAAUUCAAAUUAUCUCUUCCAAAUUCUCAUAUCCAAGGGAGUUUUCAUCCUUGGUAUCAACACUUUUUCUCCUAUACUUAUUCCUGUUAAAAUUUUUGCUUCCAAAGCAUUAUUACCGAGACUACUUUAAAACAUGUGUGACAUUAAAAUGGUCCCAUAUUUUAUACUACGUAUAUGUUUAUUAUUAUUAAAUAUUAAUACUUGGAAAUGAUUACCAUUAUUCAACGCUCCUUGAAUACAUUAUUUGACGUGUUGUUUCUAAAAAUGCAUUCACCGUAUUAGUUAGUCAAAGAAUAACAUAUACUGUGUGUAUAUAUGUGUGCUUAAUUUUGAUGUAAAAAUUAAAAAAAAAAAAAGGACUUAGAAAUAGUUCAAUUUUUUGUUGUUACUUUACUCUAAUUUUUAAAAAAAUUACACCUAAGCAUAUGAAAAAUCAACCAUAAUAUACACCUGGCCGUCUGCCCAAACAGCAUCUCCAAUUUCUCAUUAUCCCAUCACCGUCCACCGCUUCAUUAUACGGAUUAAGCAAACACUACACAUUCCCAAUAGCUUAACACGCCUCCUAGCCAAACACAGCCUCUCUAUGUCGACAGUUGACACUUUCUACAAAAAAUCUAAAAAUCUUCAGAUAUGCACAUACACCAGCCAUCUAUAACUCCAAUCAUAGCUCCAACAUUUCAAUUCGCGCGAGAAGAGUUUACCCAUAUAUUUGAAGAGUUGUUUGACCUUGUAUUCCAGGUUUCUCAGUCCAUCAAUUCACAGAUAAGUUAUCUAAAUCUUUUGCUUUCGAUCGGUGAAGUUUUCCAUUGAACACAAAAUCCAAUUUUACUUUUCAGUCUAUGUUACACACUUGAUUUAUAUAUGGGAUGCAAAGUCUUCAUUGUGUUACUAAAUGAAGUUGGCAGACUCAUAAGGUGAGUGGGCUAAGUAUAGUGUGAGGAAACAAAUGGCCACUCAAUCUGUUCAACACGCCCAGGUUCAACUCAUUGACUUGUUUUCUGUUUGAAAUUAAAUCCAAUUAAUGAAUUUGGGUCAUUUAGAUAGGUAGUUGAAAUCCAAUUGAUCAAUUAACCAAUUAAUCAAUUUUGGUCAUUUCUAAUGUGUUGAAUUAUCUUACUUGAAAUCCAUGUAUCUUGGUCGAUUUUGCUCUAUGGAUUGUUUCUUUUGCGCUUAAUUUUUUUGUUAGUGUAUACAAAAAUUAUUUAUUUUUAUAUUCAAGUAUUAAUGUGACCGAAGAUGUAUUUACUUUUAAUAUAUAGUUACACUACAACAUUUCAACUCCUAAUGUAUCACUUUAAAGUGUUAAAAUAUCACUUAAAAAGUGUUACAUUAGAGAAAAUGUAACACUUUCUUACCAUUACAUUUGCCCAUGUUGCAUUAGAACUGCUGUAACACUUUAUAGUUCAUAAUGUAACAUUUAUACUUCUAGAAAGUGUUACAUUAGAACUAAAAAGUGUUACGUUAGAGAAAUAUGCAACACUUUUAUAGAUAUGUUAUAACUCUUUAAUGUUACGCUAGGUCUAAAAUUGUAGUAGAGUUAUUGUGUGAGAAAAGACAUUGUGUUCUUCUUAGUUAAUUUGAAAUAAUCUUUCUCUAAUGUGUUCUUACUUUGUUCACAUGUCACUAUAGUUUGGGCAAGCAUCAAUCCGGGUUGUAUUGGGAGGUUAUUUUUUAUAUUACUAAUUUGAUUUUUUCUGCUAGUCUGUUCCUGAAAUCCUUUGUGGUAUGGUAUUCCUCAUGUCCCUCAAAUAAAUUUGAUCUUUACUUAUUCAAAUCCUUUAGGAUUCAACACAAAGCUAGUCAAUGAGUUCCUGUUUUUGAAAAUGAAGUUAUUAUAAAAACACAAAACAACAGCAUGCUUAAUGAACGGUAUGUAGUCAUUUAAAAUGACUGAAUGAGUAAACAAAACAAACAACUAAACGCUCAUAAUGAAGUGCUAAUGUGUAAAUUCAAGCAUUUAGAAUAAGGAGAUAAGCAAAACAUUAUCUAAAGUGGCUCUUUAAUGUUGCUCUGAAAAUUUUAUCUAGAAUUCAUUGUCCUGUUGAGGGAUCUUAUUACCAUGCCGAAUAGAUCAAUAGAAAUAAGCUCACAUGCGUAAGAAAUAGAGAUGAAAUAAGCUCACAUGCGUAAGAAAUAGAGAUCGAGCGGUUUGUUUAAUUUCCUCCGUUGAUUAGAUGAUAUUGAUUUAUAAUAAUGGAAUUGAAACCAUGGUAUAUAUUGUGAUCUGAUCUGCUAUAAACUGGGCUUGAUUAGAUGUAAAUGUAAUUAGUAGUGAUAAAUAAAUUUGAAACGGCAUGCUAUCAAAAUCUAAAUGAUGUAUACAUCGUUGAUGAGAAAUCUGAUAGCCAAUCCGGUAAUAGAGUUAGCAAUGCAUGAGUGAAAGGUUACCGUCAAAAUCUAUCUUCAAGUUGAGUUCUCACAUCACCCACGCAUUUGACUUCACCCACGCAUUUGACUUAAUUUGUAUGUGCUUGCGCAGGUCUAUAUAUAUAGUUGAACUUCAGAAGAGAGGUUAGCAGUUAACACCCCAAAGUCCGAUUCAAUGGAGCCAAUAAAUGCCAAAGGACGCACAAUUUUUUUAAAUCAUCUUUAACUAUAAUUACUUUGAUUGUAUUGGAUAACUCAGUAUUGAUUAUCGAAUAUUGAGAAGUUAAAAAGUCAUGAUUAUUUAACUAUAUUUACUUUGAUUGCUGAGCCUUUUCUCGAUAGCAUAAUUCCUUGAAAUACAGCACAUGCAUUAAAUGAAUUGUCCAGCC